AUGGCUCGCACGCGCGGUACCGGACGCGCUGUCGAACAAUCCCUUCCGCCCUCAAACACCGGUAGCUCUGGUAAUCCCACCGUCCUUCGCGGCAGCAACAGCCCUGCGCCCGCGGCGGCCGAUGCACCCGCCCUACCAAUAAGCCGUUCAGGCCUGCGCCCUGCGAAGAGCUUGGGAAGGAUUAUCGUAGGCCAGCAGACAAUGAAGGGCAACCGGGUCGAGAAGGCCGCUCCGAAAAAGAAGGAACCCAAGCUGAAGCCUGUCAAGAAAGAGUGCAUCAUCUGUGUUACCACCCGCCAGGUCGGUAAUUCCGCAGGCCGCGGCUUCAAGGCCGUGGAGGGCGCGUGUGAGCAUUUCCAGAACACCUGCAAUGUCUGCAUCGGAAAGAUGAUCAAGGAGAAGAUCGUGCAGCGCGAUCUCGGUGAAGCAAUUCUGAUCUGCGCUUUCCCGGAUUGUGAGCACGUGCUCGACUACCACACCAUCAUGGGAUUGAUUUUCAAAGGCGCCCGAGAGAACUGGGACACCGCGCUGGUGAACCACCAUCUCCGCACUAGCGAAAACUACAUUGCUUGUCUGAACCCGGCAUGUGCACAAUAUUUCUCGAUCGAAGAUUGCCAGGGCAAGUUACCAAAGUCGUCCAAGUCCAGCCGCGGCCAGAAGAUCGCCUGUCCACACUGCGAGGAGAGCAUGUGCAUGAAGUGCAUGCGCCCAUGGCACGCUUCGACCAGCUGCAGCAAAUUCAAGAUCGCCGAAGAGAAGCAUUCCUUGCAAGCCAUCACGGACAUGGGAGCCAAGCCCUGCCCCAAGUGCGGAGUCAAAAUCGUGAAGAACGGUGGCUGCAACCACAUGAAGUGUGGCCACUGCAAGCAAGACUUCUGCUUCUCGUGCUUAGUCGCCUACGGUCCGAAGAUGCAGCAUGGCGACGGCUGUGCCGAAACCCAGCGUAACAUCAUGCAGGAUCCUCGCAAUUGGCUUCCCGAUAACGUCCUUCCUGGAGAUGGCUGGGUCGACGCUAUGAUGGCCGCCGCACAAGGACCACCACAGCCUCCGUUCGUCCCACACCAGCCAGAUGAUGGCCCUAUUCAGGUCGGUGCGCCUCAGCAACCUGGUCAUGCUGCGGGUAUAUUCGGCUUCCUGCAGCAGAUGAUGCAUAUCCACGCACGCGCAUUCAACAACCAUCUCAACGGCAACGCUAACCAUGGUCAGAACCAACCUUGA